AUGCUCGCGCGGGCGGUGACGACCGCGGCGACCUUCGGGUUCCGCGUCCAUCCCCCCGUCCGGCACCUCCACGUCGCGACGAGAGCGCUUCGACCGGCCGGUUCCAGACCGCGAUCGCGCGCGCACUGCGCGUCGUCCCUCCUCGCCGUCUCGAGCCACCGGGGCGAAUGCGGCGGCGACACGCGUCGUCAUCGUCAACGUCGCUCCCACGACGAGCCUCGCGGCUCGCGGACGCUCUGCGCCGCGACGUACUCGUCCAAGCGCCUGAGGGCGUCGGACAAGUUCGUGGAAGAGAAGGAGAACGACUUCGACGAGGACUACGACCCGUACGUCCACAUGGGACGCCCGAACAAGACGGCGAUUAAGAAGCUCAUGCUCGAGUACAAAGAGCUCACGAAAGUCCUGUGCGAGCUCCCGCGGUCGUCCCUCGCGAAGAUCACGAUGCCGGACGAGCUGCGAGAGGAGAUUUACGCGACCGCGAAGAUCACCGCGCACAUCGCGAGGAAGCGCAGCGAGGGGAAGAUAUCCAAGCUCUUACGGAUCAUGGACGACGAGGACGUCCUCCCGAUACAGCUCGCGGUGGAAAACCUUCAAGCCGGCGUCGGAUUGCUCACGGUGUCCCCGGAGGUGGAGGCGACCGCGACCGGUUGGAGAGAUCGGCUGCUGUCCGGCGACGCGGACGUCCAGAGCGAGGUGUUCGGGUUGAUGUCGCGUCGGGAGAGCUGGAGGUUCACGAGGCAAGAGCUCGGGCAGCUCGUGACGCGCGCGAAGAAGGAGAGAGCGGAGGCGGAGAAGGCGAGGAGAGAGGCGGAGGAGGAAGCCGCCGCCGCCGCCGCGGAGGCGACGAUGUUACAGGAUGGGAGCUUAGUCCCGACCGCGAACGAGGGGGGGUGGACCGGGGGGAAGAAGAAGAAAAAGGCGGGGAAGGCGACGAAGCAGCUGCUCAAGCACCUGCGGGAUAUCGCCCAAGUCGCGGACGCGUGA